AUGAAAACGGACGCGUUACUCGGGUUUAUAUCAAAGAUCGACAUUUUUGGUGCUGAAGUAGGAUUAAAGUAUGAAGGAAAGAGCAAAUAUACUUCAAGACUUGGAGGCUUUGCAACUAUUAUUGUAGGUGGAUUACUUUGCGCAUUGUUGUAUCAAUAAUUUUAUUAAAUAUUUGGUAGACUAAAUCCUAAUCUAAUUUACGAGCAAACAUAUGUUUAGAUACCUAGUAGAUAUUCUCUAAGUAAGGAUUAAUUCAAUUUUAUGAUUGGACUUUAAGACUAGGAUGGUAACGCUUAUUUAGAUGAGGAUAUUUUUACUGUAGAGGCUUACUUUGAAUACAAAGAAUAAACUAAUUAAAACGGGAAAGUUGUUUCAAAUUUUAUAGUCAACUAAAUUCCUACUGGGCCUUGCUCAGAAGAUGACUUUUAAAUGAUAGACACUAAAUAAUAUUUUUUGAAUUAGCCUUACUAAAAGCAGUACUGCAUAAAAGGAAACAAUGAUCUUUACCUGGAAGGGUAAUUUGAUUAAGAUAAAUUUUCUGUUCUUAUUUUCAAAAUUAUUGAAUGUACUGAUAAACCAAAUUGUAAACCAGCUAAUUUAAGAUAAGAAAUUCUUAAAACAUCAAACGCUUAAAUUUAUUACAUAGAUAGAAAUGUAUAAACAUAAAACUUUGAAAAGCCUUUUAAAAGCGUAGGUAAAACUCAAUUUUACAAUAUCUUUUAUGAUUAUCUUUUGAAAAGCAAUUUCAUUUUUUCUAAUACACAUGUGUAGGACGAUAUAGGUUAUUUUGCUGAGAAUUAUUAAACUUAGACAUAACUUUAAUUUGUAACAGAUCGCUAUCAGUUAUAGUCAAAAACUACAAAUGAAUUCUUUAAUAUUUCACUUUUCUUAGACAAAAAUAAAGAAAAUAACUAUUUUAGAACCUAUUAAAAAAUUACUGGGGCACUUUCUCAGUUAGGAGGAACUUUUCAAGUAUUGUUUUUCUUUGGUUGCUUAUUUAUUAAGCCAUAUAAUUUACUUAAGCUUCAAAAUAGACUUCAUAAAGAUAUAUUUUCAUAAGAAAACCAAAGUUUAAAUAAAAAAGAAUCUAAUUAAAAAGAAAAAAAAAAGAGAAGUUCUAUUUUCAACAAAAAGAGCUCAAUGAAAGUUUCAAAUGCUCAUAAUUAUUUGUAAGAUGCUAAGAAUGAAAAGAAAGAAGAAAACUAAUUUUAAAUUGAAGAUGAAGAUGAAAAUGAAUCUUCUUACCUUAGAAAAAUAAAAUAAUUCUUUGGGUUUGUUUCUUAAAAUGUAAAGUAGUAAAUGCAAGAAAUAGAAAAUAUGAAAAGCAUCAAAACAAUUAUGAAUACUUAAAUUUAGUUUAUUUUACUCAAAAACCUAUUUUAUCAAAUAGAUUUUUCUAAUAUUAAAUAAAAUAAAGAUUUAUCUUAGACUUUUGAUAGUAAAUCUAAAAUAUAAGGUGAUGGUCGUUAGAGAGAAAAUAGUAUCUUUAACUCUUUUAAUUUUAAUAAAUUGCAAAAAGACUAAUCAAUUAUAAAUUUAAAAGCAUUUAACUCAAGUAAAUUUAAUUUAAAUGAUUUCACCCCUCAAUCUCCUCAAUCCCCUUCAAGAUUUUAAGAUGAAAGCAAAUAUUUUAGUUAAAUAGAUUCUCCAAAAUUACAAGAAAGCUGUAGCUAGAAAAAUGAAGACUAAAUUAUAAAUACAUCAAAUGACAAAAAUAUAUUAUCUCAAAAUGAGGAAUAAAAAUAAGAAAACAGCAAAUCAGAUAUUGAAAUUGAUAAUUAGAUUGAUUGUGUUAAAAAAAUAGAUAAUUAUAUACAAAAUUUUAAUUUAAUUUAAUCUAAAAAUUGUAAUUCAGUUGCUUUAAAAAAAAAUAGCAGUAAUUGUUAAGAUGAAAGUUAUUAAGAUUAAAAAUAAGAUAAUUGA